UGCAAUAACCCAUGUGUAAACGUGGUUGAGAGGAAUUCGUAGACAGGACCCAUACUCGCUAAAGGGUAACAGCUGACGACGGAUUAAAAAACAUUUGGUUAAAAAAUAUUACGAAAAAAUAUACGGGGAAUUAUAUAUAUACUCCAGUAUCAGUGAAUUCGCACCUAUUCGUGUCUUAGGCCUUGGAAACGGGCGAUUGAUAGGGGAACCCCCUCUAUUGGACAUGGUGUACUAAAUAAAUACUUUCUUCAUGUUGAAAUCCAGAACUUUGGAUAGCAUGGGGUCGGAUGGGGAAAGGAACCCUCAAGUGACUUCGGUGAAAUGUAAGAUUGUGUUAGUCGGGGACUGUGAAUGUGGAAAGACUUCAUUAAUUAAGCGGUACAUCAAAGAAAACUUCAACGAGAUAUAUACAGCUACAGCUUUUGAUACCUACAAUACGACAUAUCAUGUAUCCGACACGUACAAAAUCCAGAUGUCCCUCUGGGAUACCUCAGGCUCUCACAUGUAUAACAGUGUGCGCCCUCUAUCGUACGCCGACGCUGAUCUCAUUAUGGUCUGUUUCUCCGUAGCAGAUCCAGAUAGCUUGGAACACGCAAUCUCACGGUGGUCACGUGAAGUCAGGGAACACUGUCCGAAACAGCCCAUGAUAUUAGUGGGCUGCAAAACAGACCUCAGAAGCGAUCCCACGACGCUAGCAGAACUUGCCAAGAAAAGAAUGUCCCCCAUUAUGUAUGACCAGGCUCUCAAGUCAGCAAAGCAUAUUGGAGCUUUGGUUUAUUCAGAGAUUUCUUCCAAAGAUUCACAGCGAAGCGUGAAUGACGUCAUAGAAGUUGCGGCGCUGUCAUCUGCCGGAAAUAAGACCACGCCAGAACAAAGUCCCACCUUCCGCCGACAGAGGUCUUUCAUGCGACGCAAACGAUUUAGCGGGAUUGGCGAGGCAAAGGUGCAAUUACGAAAGGAAGCAGCCAAAAGCUGCUGUAUCAUGUGAACAGCGACUGAAAAUUUCAAAAAAAAACUCAUGAUCUCUGACUUGUUUGAAGGAAAAAUGUGUCGUUUUUCCUUAAUAAAAGCUUAAGAGCUUUUGCCACCGUUUUGCCUAUUUCAAAGUCAUAAUCAUUCUCAACAUUGUUUUGCUACACUUUACAAAGGCUUUCAGAUGUGUUUCUGAACACUUAUAAAGACAUUAUCAUGGACCAUGAAUAUUAAGCAUAUUUUGUAACGAACUUACGUAACAAAAUGAAUCGACAUGUCCUGUGAAGUUAUAUUCUUCAAUUCAAGGAUUAAAGCGACCAUUUUAAAAUUGCAGAUCUUUAUAAGAACUGGAACACAUUUCAUUUAGUGCGAAAUGACUGUCGAAACGCUGACAAAACAUUGUUAGGCAUUGAUGAACUGUUAAUGCAAGGCAAGGUGGUGAACACUGUUAUGUGAUUAUUAGACAGUGAGACAAGGGGGCUCUAUUUUCCCUGCCUUCUUUAGGCUAGAAGAAUUGCAAAGGUGCUAACGUGUGAGAGAAAAAAAACUGUAAGCAGAAACAAUUGUCCAGCAGUUUGUCUUUCAUAUUUGUGUAUAGUAUUGAAUGCAAAUGAUAUAUAUUAAUUUAUUUUUGUGCAAGAGUGUCGUGUGUGCAAUUUCUUGUGCGGAGUGCAAUAUUGCUUGCGUGCAGGAAUAAUAAGUCGAUUUUGUUUUUUUUAUUACACGGGAGGUGUUAUAUAUUUGAUCAAAUUUGAUACUUAAAAAUAAACAAAAAAUGUAA